AUGGCAAGCGAUGAAAAGCCUAAGAGAUUAUGCAAUGACAGGCGAAUUGGUUCAAGUAUCCCCAAAUUCCUGUGCUGUCCUCUCUCAGGCAAACUUAUGAGAGACCCAGUUAAAACAGACAGUGGCACAAUAUACGACCGUAGCAGCAUUCAAGAAUGGCUUGACAAAGGUAACAUCCAUUGCUUUAUUACAGGCAAACAAAUCUCUCGCACUCUCAUUUCUAACAGGAAGUUACAACUUCACAUCAAUGAAUGGAAAAGACUUUAUCCCCAAAUCAAAGAUGCAGCCCAAAAUGAAGUAGAGGGGCUGUUGCAGAAGCUCAGAAAUCAAGAGUAUCGGAGAGACAAAUUGCUCAAUAUAUUAAAAAGACUAAGAAUUCUUCUAAAGAGAGAACGAUGGCCUCCACAGGAGCUACAGAAAUAUAGACCUGGUGACAUUUUGGCAGACAAGCUAGCCUCUACUAUUCAUCUUGAAGACAGAGAUGAAGCUGCAGAAGAGAUAAUUUGUAUGUUUAAAUAUCUGCUUGUGGACUUUAUCACAAUGCAAAAGAUCAUGAACCCUAGAGCACUUGGUACGGUGGUUUUUGCUAUGAGAAAUGGGAAGCUGAAGAGGAGAAUUGAAGCUGUGCAGCUUAUUAAUAGAGUGACAGUAGUAGACCAAGUUGGGUGUUUGAAGGGGCUUAUAAAAGGACUCUUAGAGCUCCUAGAUUGCUCACUUGUAGAUUGCACUGUCAAAGCAUGUACCAUGAUAACUUUGAGAAGGUUUUGUAGGAGAGGAGAGAUUAAACAGAGAUUGAAGGAAGAGGGAGUUGUGAGGAUUGUUAGAAGAAUGUGGUCUAAUCAUGGUAAUGAUCAUGAUCAGGUUAUGCUAUCCAGAGCUUCCGAGCUGCUCCAAGUCCUGCUUGAGAAUUAA